GCUUCAGUAAACACAAGCCCGCCUCCUGGUAAAAGUCCUUAUUGGAUUCCUGGGCUGUAAUCAACACCAAUUCAUAAGGCCCCAAAAUUGAUUGGAUCUGCUUCUAAAAUGGGGCGGCUUGAGGGGAAGGUGAUAUUACUCUCUGCUGCAGCCCAAGGAAUUGGCCAAGCGGUGGCUAAAGCUUUUGCAAAAGAAGGAGCUCAAGUUAUUGCUACAGAUAUUAAUGAGUCCAAACUUCGAGAACUGGAAAGUUAUCCAGGCAUUCAGAUCCGGGUGCUCGAUGUCACCAAGAAAGAACAAAUUGAAAAAUUGGCCAAGGAGGUGAAGAGAAUCGACGUUUUGUGCAAUAUUGCAGGUUUUGUUCAUCAUGGGACUAUUUUGGAUUGUGAGGAAGAAGACUGGGCCUACACAAUGGAAGUCAAUGUUCGUAGCAUGUAUCUCAUGAUCAAAACAUUCUUGCCUAAGAUGCUUGAGCAGAAAUCCGGUAACAUUAUCAACAUGUCUUCUGUGGUAUCCAGUAUCAAAGGGGUUCCCAACAGAUGUGUCUAUGGUACUUCAAAAGCAGCAGUUGUUGGCCUUACCAAGUCUGUAGCUGCUGACUUCAUUGAAAAAGGAAUCAGAUGCAACUGUGUUUGUCCUGGCACUGUUGACACUCCUUCUCUGAGAGAAAGAAUCCAAGCAAGACCUGAUCCAGAACAGGCACUAAAAGAUUUUCUCGCCAGACAGAAGAUGGGCAGAAUGGCUACCGCUGGGGAAAUUGCCCACCUCUUUGUAUAUCUGGCUUCUGAUGAAUCAGCCUACAUGACUGGCAAUGAAUGCAUCAUUGAUGGUGGAUGGAGCAUAUGACCAGCUUCUGCAGACAUUCUACCUGAAAAUUAGUGUCCUCAGUA